AUGGCGGCCGUUCAACUGUCGCGGACUAUUGCCUCCCGAGUAUCGACGAAAUUUGUUGGACCAAAUGUCCCACUGCACGGCAUUACUUUAGCCAGAAGGUUUGCUACUGCGACAGAUGCACCGCUCCGCAAGACCAUCUUACAUGACUAUCAUGUUGCAAAUCAGGCAAAAAUGGUACCAUUUGCCGGGUAUUCUAUGCCGCUCCAAUAUGGAACUGUAGGGCAAAUUGCUAGCCAUAACCAUGUCCGCCAGAGCGUGGGGUUGUUCGACGUGAGCCAUAUGGUGCAGUCUUAUAUAUCCGGCCCGUCCGCGACAGCAUUUCUUGAGUAUCUCACUCCUUCAUCACUAUCAUCGCUACCCGAAUUUUCCUCGACCCUUUCUGUCCUUCUCAAUGAAAAUGGCGGUAUCAUUGAUGAUACAAUUAUCUCCAAGCACGCACCCGACGUUUAUUACGUCGUGACCAACGCUGGUAGGCGCGAGCGCGAUUUGGCGUGGUUCCAGGAGCAGAUUGAGAAAUGGAAUAACGAGGAAGGCAAAGGCCGUGGAAAGGAAGUGAAUAUCGAAGUUCUCGAAAACUGGGGACUGGUCGCUUUGCAAGGACCCAAGGCAGCAGAGGUUCUACAAAAUAUCAGCUCGUUUGAUUUCACCUCACUUGUGUUUGGCCGCUCGGCGUUCGUUGAUAUCACGGGAAUCCGUUGUCAUGUUGCACGUGGAGGUACACAGGGGAAGAUGGAUUUGAGGUAUAUUUCAAUUCCUCCAGAGCAUACAGUCAACAUUACCGAGCUUAUUUCUAAGCCUCCUGUUCAACUCACCGGUCUAGGUGCUCGUGACAGCCUGCGUCUCGAGGCUGGCAUGUGCCUGUACGGGAACGACCUAGAUGAAACAACCUCGCCCGUCGAAGCUGGACUCAGUUGGGUGAUUGAGCCGCAAAGAAAAAGGGGCUUUAUUGGCGCUGAAACGGUGCUCAAGCAACUCAAAGAGGGGGUUACUCGUAGACGAGUCGGCUUCGUCAUCCCAGAGGCGCCUGCCCGAGAGGGUGCCAAAAUAUUUGCCGUCGAUUCACCCGAGACACAAAUCGGCGUAGUCACGUCAGGUAUUCCUUCCCCUACUUUGGGAACGAACAUUGCCAUGGGAUAUAUUAAACAUGGGCACCACAAGAAGGGAACUAAAGUCUUGAUUGACGUUAGAAAGAAACUACGUGACGCAGAAGUCAAGGGUAUGCCAUUCGUACCUACAAAGUACUGGAAGGGAGCUGCCCCUUCAUGA